AUGUCUGUCACAGACAGAAGUGAUAGUGUAUCUGACUAUUUUGAUGGCUGGUUGACGUCAGGAACCUCUUUGAAAAUGUUUGUAGAGAAGUAUGAGGAAGCUGUUAAAGGCAAAUUAGAAAAGGUGUAUUAUGAAGAUUUACGAUCAGCUCAGAUGAGGCCACUAAUGCUGACAGGGUUACCUGUGGAAGAUCAAGCAGCAAAGGUGUACACUGCAGAAAUCUUUCAGAAGUUCUUCAAUGAAAUAGGACAUUCAUUUCAUUGCAAUUAUAGUAUACUUGACCGGAAUGAUUCAGUGGUUACAUACAUAGUUUCAGAGCAUAUCAAUCAAACAAACAAGGUAGAUUACAAAGUUGCUUAUGAUAAUGUUCAAGGAGCUUGUGGUGAUGAUUCCACAAAACCUGUGCUUCCAUAUCCCAGCCUGUCUCAGCACGUCCAGCAGAAUCCUGUAAACGAGGGAUGGCAGUUAACGUCAACUGGUGCUCCAGAAACUUUCGCUUAUGGAGUGGAGACCAUUUCAUUUGAUUUGUCACAAUACAACAGUGCCCCGAGCUUCCAUUGGCCUGAAAGCAGCAGCAGAUCUCAGCUCCAGUGA